AUGGAGCCUAUGGAUAGAGAUGACUCGACUAGUCCAAAUUACAAGCCAACGAAUGGUAUGGAGUUUGACUCAGAAGAAUUAGCAUAUGAGUUUUAUAACAUGUAUGGGCGAAGAGCUGGGUUUAGUAUUAGAAGACAUACACAUUACAAGAACAAGCAUUCUGGUAAGCUCAUCUCAAGAAUAUUUGUUUGUUCUAAAGAAGGUUUACGUACAAUAGAUAAGCGAGACCAUUUGACUGAGAAUCCUCGAGCAGAGACACGAACAAGUUGUGAUGCUAAAAUGAUCAUUAAGUUGGAUAAAUCAAGUGGUAGGUACAGAGUUGUUCAAUUUGAAGAAACUCACAGCCAUGAUCUUGUAAUACAAGAGUGUGCUCACAUGCUACCAUCUCAACGAAAUGUUACUUCUUCACAAGGAGCUGAGAUGGAAUUGGUACAAGAUUCUGGAAUCCCACUGUAA